AUGACCACUCCUGCCGUCAAAUCCGUGUUAAAAAGGUUGCUUCGAGACCCUGAAAACGGAUACUGCGCUGAUUGUAAGACUGCGACCCACCCAAGGUGGGCCUCAUGGUCCAUGGGAGUGUUCAUUUGCAUUCGGUGUGCAGGGAUCCACCGUUCGUUGGGCACACAUAUAUCCAAGGUCAAGUCGGUAGAUUUGGACACAUGGAAGGAGGAGCAUUUACGGAAAGUGGUGGAGUUUGGCAACAACAAACGUGCCAAUGCAGUGUAUGAGUGCAAACUGCAAGGUGACCAUACUCCAGACGCCUCUCAAUUGGGCAACUUUAUCAGAAAUAAGUACGAGGCGAAGAAGUGGUUCGGGGAAUCCGGUGAGCCCGUGGCACGCCCAGAGGCCGUGCCCAGGGCAAGUGCGCCCACUGAAACGGUCAGCCAGCCUGUGAGUCGUACCAGCAGUGCGGCCAGUAGCAUGGUAAGCAGCGCGCCGGUCAGCAUGCCUGCGAGUCUGCACGGAUCUGCAGCUGCGUCUGCGACGGCAUCGCAGGUGAACCUAAACUUGACUCCCGUUACGGGGACCGGGGUUGCUGCGACACUCACGCCCAAGUCUGGGUCUACGGUACCGGCGUCAACGCCGCUGGACGGGCGGCCGGACCUGAAACGCUCCAUCUUGUCAUUGUACGCUAGGCCACGAAACUCUGCCUCAGGGUCGCUUGCAAGCUCGGUCAGCCCUGCCCCGGGCCCGUCCACCAGCGCCGCGCCUGCGUUUGCCGGAGCGUACGCCCCGUCCGUGACGGCUCCCACCACGUCUUUAGAGGAUAACGAGCUGUUCAAGAACGUCUGGUCGUAG